CCAAUAGGAGACGCUGAGGCGGCGGGUGGGUGAACGCGGCCCUCUGUAAUGGCGGAGCGUGGCGGGGACGGGGGGGACGGUGAGCGGUUCAACCCGGGGGAGCUCAGGAUGGCUCAACAGCAGGCCUUGAGGUUCCGAGGCCCGGCUCCCCCCCCAAAUGCGGUGAUGCGAGGCCCUCCUCCUCUCAUGCGGCCUCCCCCGCCCUUUGGUAUGAUGCGAGGCCCACCUCCACCCCCGCGGCCCCCGUUUGGACGUCCUCCUUUUGAUCCUAAUAUGCCACCCAUGCCUCCCCCAGGAGGGAUUCCUCCACCCAUGGGCCCUCCGCACCUCCAGAGACCACCUUUCAUGCCUCCACCCAUGGGGACCAUGCCGCCCCCCCCGGGUAUGAUGUUCCCCCCAGGAAUGCCUCCUGUGACUGCUGCCGGUGCUCCAGCACUACCUCCUACUGAGGAGAUAUGGGUGGAAAAUAAAACUCCAGAUGGGAAGGUUUAUUAUUAUAAUGCUCGGACACGUGAGUCUGCAUGGACCAAGCCAGAUGGAGUUAAGGUUAUUCAGCAGUCAGAACUGACACCUAUGCUUGCAGCCCAGGCGCAGGUGCAGGCCCAGGCGCAGGCCCAGGCGCAGGCGCAGGCGCAGGCGCAGGCCCAGGCCCAGGCUCAGGCGCAGGCCCAGGCCCAGGCCCAGGCGCAGGCGCAGGCCCAAGCACAAGCACAAGCAGUGGGAGCUUCCACCCCUACUACCAGUAGUCCAGCACCUGCAGUAUCCAUCACUUCAUCAUCCACCCCAUCCUCUACCACUUCGACCACCACAACUGCCUCUUCAGUUUCGCAGACAGUAUCAACACCCACAACACAAGAUCAGACCCCAAGUUCUGCUGUUUCAGUUGCCACGCCUACAGUUAGUGUUUCAACUCCUGCUCCUACAGCCACGCCUGUGCAAACCGUUCCCCAGCCGCACCCCCAGACGCUACCUCCUGCCGUUCCUCAUUCAGUACCUCAGCCAGCAGCAGCUAUACCUGCUUUUCCACCAGUAAUGGUACCUCCGUUUCGUGUUCCCCUUCCUGGCAUGCCAAUUCCACUUCCAGGUGUAGCAAUGAUGCAAAUAGUCAGCUGCCCGUAUGUAAAGACAGUCGCUACCACCAAGACCGGUGUGUUGCCAGGAAUGGCCCCUCCCAUUGUACCCAUGAUACACCCCCAGGUUGCUAUUGCAGCCUCACCUGCUACCUUAGCUGGGGCAACAGCAGUUUCUGAGUGGACCGAAUAUAAAACAGCAGAUGGGAAGACCUAUUAUUAUAAUAAUAGGACAUUAGAGUCAACCUGGGAAAAGCCCCAAGAACUGAAGGAAAAAGAAAAAUUAGAGGAGAAGAUCAAAGAGCCAAUUAAAGAACCUUCCGAAGAGCCUCUGCCAAUGGAGACAGAGGAGGAGGAUCCUAAAGAAGAGCCGAUCAAGGAGAUAAAGGAGGAGCCCAAAGAAGAGGAGAUGACUGAAGAAGAAAAGGCUGCCCAGAAGGCAAAGCCAGUAGCUACUACCCCUAUUCCGGGUACUCCAUGGUGUGUUGUUUGGACGGGUGAUGAGCGCGUCUUCUUUUACAACCCUACCACCCGUCUGUCCAUGUGGGACCGGCCCGAUGAUCUGAUUGGAAGGGCAGACGUUGACAAAAUUAUUCAGGAGCCCCCUCAUAAGAAAGGCAUGGAAGAAGUGAAGAAGCUAAGGCACCCGACCCCAACAAUGCUGUCCAUCCAAAAGUGGCAGUUCUCGAUGAGUGCAAUUAAAGAAGAACAAGAGUUAAUGGAAGAAAUGAAUGAAGAUGAACCUGUUAAAGCCAAAAAGCGGAAGAGAGACGAUAAUAAAGACAUUGAUUCAGAGAAAGAAGCUGCCAUGGAAGCUGAAAUUAAAGCUGCCCGAGAAAGGGCCAUUGUCCCUCUGGAGGCCCGAAUGAAGCAGUUCAAGGACAUGCUGCUAGAGAGAGGGGUGUCUGCUUUUUCAACAUGGGAGAAGGAGUUACACAAGAUAGUUUUUGAUCCUCGGUACUUACUGCUCAAUCCAAAAGAGAGGAAACAGGUAUUUGAUCAGUAUGUAAAGACCAGGGCAGAGGAAGAACGCAGGGAAAAGAAAAACAAAAUAAUGCAAGCCAAGGAAGAUUUCAAAAAAAUGAUGGAAGAAGCAAAAUUUAAUCCAAGAGCUACUUUUAGUGAAUUUGCAGCCAAGCAUGCUAAAGACUCAAGAUUCAAAGCAAUUGAAAAGAUGAAAGACAGAGAAGCCUUGUUUAAUGAGUUUGUGGCAGCUGCAAGGAAGAAAGAGAAAGAAGAUUCGAAGACGAGAGGUGAGAAGAUUAAAUCGGAUUUCUUUGAACUGUUAUCUAAUCAUCACUUGGACAGUCAGUCUCGAUGGAGCAAAGUAAAAGAUAAAGUAGAAAGCGACCCACGUUACAAAGCGGUGGACAGCUCCUCGAUGCGAGAAGACCUUUUCAAACAGUACAUUGAGAAGAUGGCCAAGAAUUUGGACUCAGAAAAAGAGAAGGAGCUUGAAAGGCAAGCCCGCAUUGAGGCAAGCCUUCGAGAACGAGAAAGAGAGGUUCAAAAGGCUCGUUCGGAACAAACGAAAGAAAUAGAUCGGGAGCGAGAGCAACAUAAAAGAGAAGAAGCUAUCCAGAAUUUCAAGGCUCUUCUGUCUGAUAUGGUACGUUCUUCAGAUGUGUCCUGGUCUGAUACCCGGAGGACUCUUCGGAAAGAUCACCGCUGGGAAUCUGGAUCCUUGUUGGAAAGAGAGGAGAAAGAGAAGCUUUUUAAUGAACACAUUGAAGCCCUUACCAAAAAGAAGAGGGAGCACUUUAGGCAACUUCUGGAUGAAACUUCUGCAAUUACCUUAACAUCCACGUGGAAAGAAGUGAAAAAAAUCAUUAAAGAAGAUCCUCGGUGCAUUAAGUUCUCCUCCAGUGACAGGAAAAAGCAAAGAGAGUUUGAAGAAUACAUCAGAGACAAAUACAUCACAGCCAAAGCUGACUUCAGGACGCUCUUGAAAGAGACCAAAUUUAUCACCUAUAGAUCCAAAAAGCUAAUCCAGGAAUCCGAUCAGCACCUGAAGGAUGUAGAGAAAAUUCUGCAGAACGACAAACGGUAUCUGGUACUAGACUGUGUGCCAGAGGAGAGGCGCAAGCUGAUCGUGGCGUACGUGGACGACCUGGAUCGCCGGGGUCCACCCCCCCCUCCCACGGCGUCAGAGCCCACCAGACGGUCAACAAAAUAA